CACCCUGGCUGAAGGAAUACAUCGAUUGCCCGAAUUAUCCAAAUAUGCGACCUUAUGGGUAUACAGCGGUCGUGAGACCUGUAAAUCUAUGGCAAAGAACGUUAAAUGUUCUUUAUUACAUCAUAGACGAUUUUAUCGAUACUACUACUUCUUUCCCGCUUCUCAACGGCUUGCCGAGCAAUACGUAGGUCACAAAAUCAAGCCAUUACGUGAAUUAGAGAAAACGAUUAGCAUCGUGUUGAUAAAUAGUCAUUUCACAUUUGACAAUGCAAUUCCGUUGCCGCCAAACACCAUAGAGGUUGGUGGGAUGCACGCUCAAGUGCAGUCAACCACUGGGGUAGAUGCAACUUACUACGAGAGUAUGUCUAAAUUCCUUGAUGGAACAGAGAAGGGAGCGAUAGUAAUAUCGUUAGGAACAAAUGUAAAUUGGAAAUACGUCGGAGUAGAUAAACUGAAGGUCGUCGUGUUGGCUCUGAUGAAACUAAAGCAACGAAUACUUUGGAAACUAGAUAUUGAUGCACCAGUUAAAAUGCCAGACAACGUGAUGACCGUUAAAUGGCUUCCUCAAAACGAUGUUUUGAAUCAUAAAAAUGUAAUAGCAAUUUGGACGCAUGGCGGACUUCUCAGUAAUCAGGAAGCCAUCUGGAAAGGUGUGCCAGUGAUCGAGAUGCCUUUCUUCUUGGAUCACACAUAUAACGUAGAGACUCUAGUAGCGAAAGGUGCAGGUUUACGUUUAGACUUUAAAGCAUUAUCAACGCAAUCUGUAUUAAAUGCACUUGAAGAGAUAGUUUACAAUAAGAGGUUCAUGAUUACGUCUACAGCUCCGCUGUCAAUUUUGCUAGUCGAGUCCCUCAUGUCGACUAGUCAUCACAUUUGGGCAAUGACUUUGGUAAAAGGACUACUCCAAGUGGGUCAUCAUGUACAUGUGGUGAGCAUUCACGAAGCCAACAUCGAAGAUAAUUUGGUGCAGAAUUUGACAUACGCUGUUUUCGAAAAUGUGAUGAAAGAUAUACGCGAAACCAGUGGUCAAAAUUUUAUUGAAUGCAUGGACUUUAGUGUAUUUUACACUACAUAUGUUGAAUAUUCUUGGAGCAUCAAUACGUGUGAAAAAAUAAUCCAGACCAAAGGGGCGAAGGAGCUUUUAGAAAUGGUUAAACACCAUGAAUUUGACGUGAUAGUACAGGACAUUACGUUACAUCAAUGCCUAUAUGGAUUGUGGCAGGUUGCAAAAGCUAAACCACCUAUAGUAGGAUUUAUCCCGUUCGGCCCUGCACCCUGUCUGAAGGAAUAUACCGAUUGCCCGAAUUAUCCAAAUAUGCGACCUUAUGGGUAUGCAGCGGUCGUAAGACCUGCAAAUCUCUGGCAAAAAACGUUAAAUGUUCUUUAUUACAUCAUAGACGAUUUUAUCCGACACUACUAUUUUUUGCCCGCUUCUCAACGGCUUGCCGAGCAAUAUGUAGGUCACAAAAUCAGGCCAUUACGUGAAUUAGAGAAAACGAUUAGCAUCGUGUUGAUAAAUAGUCAUUUCACAUUUGACAAUGCAAUUCCGUUGCCGCCAAACACCAUAGAGGUUGGUGGGAUGCACGCUCAAGUGCAGUCAACCACUGGGGUAGAUGCAACUUACUACGAGAGUAUGUCUAAAUUCCUUGAUGAAGCAAAAAAUGGAGUUAUCAUAAUAUCAUUUGGAACGAACGUAGAUUGGAAACAUAUUGGAUUAAAUAAACUGAAAGCCGUCGUGUUGGCUUUGUCAAAAUUGAAGCAACGAGUACUUUGGAAGCUAAAUAUUGAUGUGCCAGUCAAAAUGCCGGACAACGUGAUGACCGUUAAAUGGUUUCCCCAAAACAAUGUUUUGAGUCAUACAAAUGUAAUAGCAAUUUGGACGCAUGGCGGUCUUCUCAGUAUGCAGGAAGCUAUCUGGAAAGGUGUGCCAGUGAUCGGGAUGCCUGUCUUUUUGGAUCACACAUAUAACGUAGAGACUCUAGUAGCGAAAGGUGCAGGUUUACGUUUAGACUUUAAAGCAUUAUCAACGCAAUCUGUAUUAAAUGCACUUGAAGAGAUAGUUUACAAUAAGAGUUACAUGGAAAAUAUGAAACGGUUGUCCAAUGAAUAUCGAGAUCGUGCAUUGCCACCGUUAGAUCUGGCGAUUUGGAAUAUUGAAUAUGCCGUUCGCAAUCCAAAUGGCUUAGUAUCGCCGGUUAGAUCUCAGAGUUGGAUGGAGAAGAACUUGAUUGAUAUAUAUGCGAUUCUGGCCCUUAGUUUGGUCGUAAUAUUGUCAGCUGUAUUCUUUUCAAUGAAGAUACUAUAUAUUUAUUUAUGUAAGAGUACUGCAUCUACAUCAUGUAAAGACAAACAAAUGUAAAGCCUUAAAAUAUUAAUAACAUCAUUAGUCACCUAUUAUAAAUAUUUAAAUAUUACUUAUUCUCGCUCGUUAUUUGGCUACAACUGUCUCUCCUUCUUUCGUUAUGAUUUUCUGAUCGGAGAGUUUCUUCUUCGGUAUGAGAUGAAGAAACGAAUAUUCGUAAUAAAUCUAAUUAAAUUACUAAAUAAUUGUUUUAUAUUGUUUCAUUCAUUUUAUAUAUAAUAGUAGUAGUUAACGUUAAACAUAAAAAACAAAUAGGCAAAACAUAAAUUAUCAUGUGUAAUAAUAGAAUAACACAGCGCGAUAUAAACAGUGCGCAAAAAUAAACGUUGCUCGAAAUAGAGCGAUAACAAAAUAUACGUUGCUCACCGUUCGCUGUACCCACUUAUCGCAACUACAUAAUAAACGUGACCUACAUAUAUGGACGUUAUGUAUGUAUGUUUAUUAUAAUAAACAUUACAUAAUAAACAAGUCAGAAGUGCGUAGUUUUCUAAACCCGGCUCCAAGAUCCAUGUUCCAAGGAUUUGAAGCGCAUUUCGCGCUAUCACGACUGGAUUAAGGCAUUAAGGAUAUCCGAGCAGUCAGUCAACAUUCGCACUUCGGAUUAAGAUGUCGAUCUAUUGGUAUCUAUUGCAUUAGCUUGGCAAUAUUGUUUGAUUGUAUAUUCGGUCCGAAAAGUAUCAAUUAAAUAAACGUUUAUAUCAUCACGUAGGUCGAUGUGUGGUUAUUUUAUGUAUUAGUCAUGAUUUGGACAGGACAUUUAAUCGUUACUUUCCCUUGAAAUAUUUCAUUCGGCGAAAUAUCGGCAAACGUAUUUAUAAUUACAGUUUUCCGCAUUUAUGGGCAACAUUUUAAAUACCCAAAUACUUCAAUAAUUACUAUUCGGAAACUGUCUACAGAAAGUAUUACUGUAUAUAUCAAAAUAGUGUUCCGUGAAAUAACAUACGUAAGACUCCGUACGGGCUAACGAUAAACCAAAA